AUGCGGCCCUUCAUACCAAUUUUCCCUCUGAACCCUAUUUAUCGUAGUGUGUUCUUACGUCAGUCGCCAUCUCCAAUUGUAGCAAACGCUGCCGCGGCAAACCUCGCUAGACAGUCCGCCGCAUCUGCUGCAACAAACGUCCCAAACCUUGGAAGAAACGUUGGAAUCUCCGUCUUUCAAGCUGCCCAGAUGGCUACUCAAAUUCGACCGGCCAAGCGGGUUGCGAACCAGAAUCAGGAUGUCUGGACAAUUGUCAACGAAGCUGCAAAGAGUAGCAAGGUCUCUCCCGUCAUCAAUCUUGGACAAGGAUUUUUCGGCUAUAACCCGCCAAAGUUUGUGCUCGAUGCUGCGAAGGAAGCUUUGAACCGUGUCGAUUGCAACCAAUACUCCCCCACCAAAGGUCGUCCUCGUCUGAAGAAAGCUCUUGCAAAUGCCUACUCUCCGCAUUUUGGUCGUGAACUCGACCCUGAAACUGAGAUUACGAUAACUACCGGUGCAAAUGAGGGCAUGUUGUCUGCUUUUAUGGCCUUUGUGGAGCAAGGGGAUGAGGUUAUUGUUUUCGAACCGUACUUCGACCAGUAUAUUUCCAAUAUCGAGAUGGCUGGCGGGAAGGUCGUUUAUGUAAACUUGAUUCCACCGGCAACAGGGCAUUAUGAGACUACGCCUAGUAGUGAUUGGGCUGUGGACUUCGAUAUGCUCAGGGAGAGAAUCUCUCCACGGACAAGGAUGUUGGUUUUGAACACGCCGCAUAAUCCCAUUGGCAAGAUCUUUUCUCGCGAAGAACUCCAGAUAAUUGGUGACAUCUGCGUGCAAAAUAAUGUCAUAAUCCUCUCCGAUGAAGUCUACGACCGGUUAUACUACACACCGUUUACUAGAAUUGCCACCUUGAGCCCCGAGAUUGAUAACUUGACUUUGACUGUUGGAUCUGCUGGAAAAUGCUUUUACGCAACCGGAUGGCGUGUAGGCUGGCUCAUUGGUCGCCCUCACCUAAUCCAAUAUGUAUCUGCUGCUCACACUCGAAUCUGUUACUCUACUGUCUCGCCCCUCCAGGAAGCUGUCGCUAUUGGUCUCGAGGAAGCUGAAAAACAAGGGUUCUGGGAAGAAUCCAAACGUGAGAUGAAGGCAAAACAGGUUCGGUUCAAUGCUAUCUGGGACGAGCUAGGACUUCCAUAUACAGACCCAGAAGGUGGCUACUUCGUCUUGGUUAACAUGGCUAAGGUUAAUAUUCCUGUGGAUUACCCGUUCCCUGAUUUUGUUCAAUCCAGACCUCGUGAUUUCAAACUUUCAUGGUUCUUGAUUAAAGAACUCGGUGUUGCUGCAAUUCCACCGACAGAAUUCGUUCAAGCUGGAUCACUUAUGGAAAAACUCACGGAGAACUACCUACGUUUCGCGGUUUGCAAAGACGAUGACAUCCUGGAUGCAGCAAAGGAGAGACUCCGAGGAUUGAAACAGUAUAUGUCCAAUUAA